AUGAGCCUCAAGCUGUACGCCGAGAUACCGUACAAACUCUUGCGAAAGCGUUCUUUGGGUCCUGUCCUCAGCACGCCGCCCCCUCUACCUCUCAUCGUACUCUCGCCCGAUGACGAGCUGGAAGAAUUCGACACUACCACACAGACAGGCUUCGGCUACGUCCUGCCACAUUUAGCUGCCCUAGAUGAUCCUGAGGCAGGCAAACAUGUCGACGGAGAUGCCGUCGCCGUACCCCCCGAGGCUCUCAGGCGAGCUCGUCUGCUAAGCGACUACAUGACGAACAACGAAUUCUUUCAAUCACCACGCCAUGGAUUUGGUCUUGAGACCCGGCUCAUCUACAAGCGUAACAAGGAGCUCGAGAGCCGUUCGAAUGCCAGCACAAAUCUCUCAGACGAGAUAAGCUUCAGCGCUACCUUUGAGAGCGGCAAUUUGGACCGAGCCUAUCGAGUUCUGGGGCGUCGAUACGCUCCUAGCCACGAGCUACUCAUGUUACGCAGUUCUUCCUUCAUCGGUAAGAGCUCAACGAGGUCGAGCGAACCUGGCCUGGUGUCAACCAAAGCACCAACUUUACAGACAUCGACGAUGCCAUUCCCGUUUUUCGUCGACGUUGAUUCUGAAUACGACCUCUAUGCAGACACUGACAUGAACACACAAGGCUGUAUCCAAUGGUACUUUUUCCGAGUCACAAUUCCGUCAACUUUGUUCCAGCAAGCCCGAGAACGCGGAGCUACCAGCUUGAAGGUGCGCUUCAAUAUUCGUAACAUGCUCAAGAGAUCCAGCCUGUACACCGAGGGCAUGCUCCCUGCCGUUUACAUCGACAGCUCGGGCGCGCCCAAGUGCGGUUGGAAUCACGCGGGGGUCAACGUCUGCUACUUCAAGAACACGGACACCUAUCGACAUCGUCGCACGGGGAAAGUGAUGAACUACUACACGUUGUCUUUCGUGAAUGAGUUUCCGGUGCAAUCCCCAUCUUCUUCAAAAGCAUCGUUCUCGUCGAGUCAGACAUUUGGCGACAAGCCCUUUGUUGCAUACUUUGCCCAUUGUUACCCUUACACAUAUACACGGCUGCAACGGUACUUAUUGUCCAUGCAGAAAGAUCCCGAUCGUAGAAACAACUUCAAGCGAAGAGUGAUGUGCAAAACAAUCGCUGGUAACAACUGCGACUUGCUCACUAUCACGGACUUCAGUCAAGACGACGAGAAGGACUCGACUACAAGAAAACGCACAGCAAUAGUGAUCUCAGCUCGAGUUCAUCCGGGAGAAAGCAAUAGCAGCUUUGUAAUGCAUGGUAUACUCGAGUUUCUUACGGGAAACUCGCUCGAAGCUCGGUUUUUGAGGCACCACUUCGUGUUCAAGGUUGUGCCAAUGUUAAAUCCUGACGGGGUCGUUCACGGUAAUUAUCGGUGCUCACUCGCCGGUACGGACCUUAAUCGACGGUGGCUUAACCCCUCCACUGAGCUUCAUCCAACAAUUUUUGCCACCAAGAACAUGAUCCUCUCCGUUUGCAAGACGCGUCACGUGAGUCUGUACUGUGACCUUCAUGGCCAUAGCCGCAAGAAGAACAUUUUUCUGUAUGGGUGUCGACAGUUCGACCCUGGUAGCAGAAGUGAAGCCGCUCGUGUUCGCCUCUUUCCCCAUAUCCUUUGCAAAACUAGCGAUUGCGCUCACGGAGGAUUCUUUAGCUUUGGGGAUUGCACCUUUUCGGUCACUGCUUCGAAGAAGGGUACGGGCCGUGUAGUCGUGUGGAACGAGAUGCAAGUGCUUCACAGUUAUACGCUUGAAGCAUCUUUCUUCGGUGUUGAUGCCGGCGUACACAAGGCAAAGCUACUGCAACCUGCAUCAACUACCCACAGUCGCGUUGAAUCAGAUCUCGUAGAGCAGAUAAACCCUUCUCUUCGUCAUUUUAGUCCUGCUGAUCUCCAUACUGCUGGUUUAAAGGUUUGCCAUGCUUUGCUUCCAUUUUCGCAAGUACUCGCUUUGCAGCGUGCCAGUACGAUGCCUCUUUCUCCAAAACUUUCGGGAAUUCCUACGAGAUCGAGAGCAGAGCAAGACGAAAUAGUUGUCCCUGAGCAGCGUUGUGACUUGGAUUCUUGUGAGCCUCCAAUCCCAGUUAAAUGCUUUGGACCGACAACUGUUGCCAGCGAUCUCGCGAGUAGCACCAAAAUCCGUUUGAUGCCGCUUGAAGGCUGUAAACUACCGAUACAAUUACCCACGGAACAAGAUAUGACGUGGACACAGCCACAAAGGCCAGCAUCUCCUCUCCUUGACCCUGUGCCAUCCAAUCGAUUAACGGAGAAUUGCGACGUGACUUCGUUCGGCUUGCCCUCUGAAUUUGAUCAGCUAUUUUCUGGCGAAGACGUGUCGAUGCUAUCGCUUCUCGAUCAUGACGAUCUGAUGAGUGAAAUCGAGGCAGCACUUCCAGAUAAUUUCCAAGACAACCCGGAAGAUGACGAUUCCGCAGGCUCUGAAUCGGAUCCAUCUGCUGAUGCUGUAGAGGAGGAGGAAAAGGAAGAGCAACAGAAAGCCCCUCCAACAAUUAUCGAAGAACCACCAGCCACUGAAGCAGAGCCCACGGAAUUGGCGAUUUCUAUCCUUUCUCGAAAUCGAACGCCUCGAGUAAGCAGACAUCUUUCUGAACCCCGAUUGUAA